AUGAACGCAGAGCAGAGCGUCCCGGCAGAAUGGAAGCCCACCCACACCCCGCUGGGACCCGGCUUCCACCCCGCCUUUGAAUCUGCCCCACGCGGGGUUAUCAGUCCUGUCCGUGCCAAAGGCCCUGGCCACCGCCCGGCUGCCCUCUCGACCUUCAGCGCCUCUCCACCCUCACUCGGGCUCCUGGCCACUUCCUACACUCCUGCCUCGGCGACACCUGCAGUCCCGCUGCGGCCCCUCUUUCUCCCGCAGGGAAGUCUCAGCCCCACCCUGGGAGAGUCCCAGCAGGUGGCUCUAAGAUCCAAGAUCGGGAAGUCGCAGCAACCCAGGGCAGAAACCGGGGCCCGCCCUGCGGCCCUCGUCAGUCCCGCGCGUCCGGGCACACGCUGGGACCCGCGCCGCGGAGGCGCCACCAGGGCCGCACCGGGCGGGGCGCGGGGGGAGGGAGGGGCCCCGCCGCCUUAUUUCCGCCAGCGCAGCCCGCCAGGCUGCGAGUCGGGUCGCUGCGCGUCGCUGGAGCCCCGGCAGCCCGCGUCCAUGCAGCCCCGCGGGCAACUUCGGUCCGCACCCCGGCCCGGGCCCGCGCGCCCCUUCGCCCCGCCGCGGGCGCUGCUCCCGCUGCUGCUGCUGCUGCUCGCGCUGCGGGGCGCGGCGGCGACGCUCAAGGACCCCGGGACUGUCGACGCCCCCGAGCCGCCCUCGCCCGGGAUGCUGCAGCAGGCGGCGCGCGCAGCGCUGCACUUCUUCAACUUCCGCGCCGGCUCGCCCAGCGCGCUUCGAGUGCUGGACAAGGUGCAGGAAGUGGGCUGGCAGGUUGAUCCAACGAGGGGCUAUCAAGUCAACCUGGUGUUCAGCACACAGGCCUACCACCUGCAGGACCGUGAGCGCCGCUUGGGGAGAUGCUCUGCUCAGGUGCUUUUCAAGAAUCAGAAACCUGGACCGGCCGUUACCGUGAGGUGCGCCCCGCUCCCCGAGAAGCACAUGCUCCGAGAGGACCGCCUGCUGUUCAAGCAGCUGAAGCAGCUGAAGGGCGCCCUGAACGUGAGCAGCAUACCUGAUGAUUACGGAAAUAUUGAUCCCUCCCUGAGACCCAUGUGGGACUUGGCUGUUCUUGGCAGCUCUUACGUGAUGUGGGAAAGGACAACCCAGUUUUUAUACUACUACCCGUUACGGAUCAGCAGCGUCAAGCAGUGGAAAACCAGUGAUCAUGCAAUUGAUUUUGAUUACAUCAUCCUGCUGCAUGAAUUCCCAACACAGGAAAUCAUUCCCUGCCAUAUUCACUUGAUCUGGUACCCUGGCAAGUGGCUGAAAGUGAGCUACCAUUGUGAGGACAUGCAAACCCCAGAAGCUUCUUCUGGAACCGAGGAAGGAUCAGCUGUGGCACCGACAGAUUUUAGUAAUUUCUAAGAAACAAUGACCUGCUUCUACCAAAUUCUAGACAAAAUGGCUCUCCUAGCCUAAACAAUCACUUUAGUUCUGGAGCCUGUGACAACCAGCAAUACUCCAAAGCUGAAAGGUUAUCAGCUGCUGCUCAGCUGGCCUGUGUAGUCCAACUCUGGGCGGCACGGGCACACUGAGCUCUGCUCAGUGCCGGGCACUUGCCAGCAGGCUCCUCGGAGUUUCAGCCCUGAAAUGUGGAGUCCAGGCCAUCAGUACCUACUGCAGAGGCUGAUCAUUAUUUUUUAAGAACAACAACAAAAAAAUGGUUUCAUCUCUGAAUUUGUAUUUCUCACUCUUCUUAAUAUACUGUAACUAUUUUAUGUUGCUAAAUUGCUCCUGCCCUGUAUGUCAACCAACAUUUUCAAUCAAAGCAAAUAGUAGGGAAAAUAAUAACUUUUUAAGGAAAUUUUACUGUUUUUGUUAUUUCAAGCAAGUAUUCUUUGUAAACUUGGCAUCUAUUUUUAAAUAAAUGUUCAUGCUUCUAAAUAAUAAAAGGUGUUGAAUGUGUUUGCAGAGA